CGCAACCGGGCGCUUAUCGAGCCGGCCGUCCAGUUUAGCUUCAGACCUCGACGGUGCCCCUGACACGGGCGACCAGCGCCGCGAAGAACCGUUUCCGGACAGUGUCGGCGCCCGUGGAUGCGAUGUACCACAGCGCCGAGCACGUGUCCACCAUCAGCGCCCGCUACGGCAAGCCAGAGAGCGAGCCCCUGUACCAAGCUGUCGUUCUCCACCCUAGAAAGGCGGAAAAGGUUCACUCGUCACGUUCCUUGCCCGGCAGAUCUGCAGACUUUAUUGCCAGUCACGGCUUUUCUCCGCCGCACCGAAGGAGCCACGAGAAUGUCUCCAGCACCGACAGCUCAAAUGUCCACGUACAGAUAUCGGACAUUGCCGGCGACGAAGAUAUUGUAGCAAUAACGUACUUUCUGAAGAUAUGCAAGUCAACUAUAUUGAAGCCAUACUCCAUCAUUCUGCAAUUGGUAUCAUGGCGUAAAUUUCGCAAAGACAACCCUACGCGUCACCACCUGUCAUGGAGGAUCAUGAAUGUCCUGUACCCAGCGAUUGUCCUGAUGCUGCUGCUUUUUUACGCGGCUCUUCAGGGACUGGCCUGCCCUGGACGUCUAGAAUUCAAAACAAUGCAAGCCACAGCUCUGCGGAACUCAACAACAAUCGUCCCAAAGAACGUGACCGGGAACGUGACCGUGAACGUGACCCCUGACUACUACUGGGAUGAUUAUUACGACUACACUACUACGCAGCGUUACGAGGUGCAGUCUCUGGGCGACCUGCCGCUGUGUCAGCACAGGCUCACGCUGUACAUCCUGCCCAGCCUGCUGCAGGUGAUCGCCUUCCUAUACGGCUCCUACAUGUUCCGGAUCAUCGGGGUUGACGAGGAACUGUACGCCAUCAUGGAGAAGGUUUUUCUGCAGUCGUCGGCGUACUUCACGGAGCGGAUCAUCAUAACAAUUACAAGGAGGUUCCUACUGGCGGGCAUAGUGUGGACGGUUAUGCAGACAGCGGUGCAAAUACUUUACAACUUGGCCGUGGAAACAGAAGAGCAGCUUGUGGAGAGAGCUUUUUCAAAAUUAGCAGAGUGGAAGACGAUGGUGCUGAUCACAAUUCGAAUCCUGGGUCAGCUGGCGAUGACCCUUGUGGAGAUGGCUGUGGUGCUCAACUACUGCACCCAGUGCGAGAUGAUCAUCAUCUACCUGCGCGGGGUAGCGCUGAGGCUGCGAGAGAAGCGCAUCACCAUCCGCGAGGGAAUGCACGAGCUUUUGGCAAGUAACGACUACAUCAGCCACCUAAACCGCAAUCUUGGAAAAGUCACUGCUCUCUUCAUCAUCAACUUCUCAAUUCAUGCGCUUAUUGGUAUUUUCUUAUUUCUUCUCAACAACGACAAGACACGUGCCGUGCUGGCCUACAGGGCAGCUUACCCGGUAGUGUGGAUAAUCGCCAUGUUCGCUUCCAUGUAUCAGGCCUCCCGCGUGACGGCUGUGGGGUUGAAAAUCUCAAAGAUCAGCAUAGAGUCCAGAGUCUUCGGCUACCAGGACGUGCAAGACUUCGAUCUCGACUCUUUCGUUCUCUUCGUCGGGAACAUGAAACUCAGGGCCAAGAUGUUCGGAAGGGCGAUAUGGCCGUCCACUCUGCUAUUCUUCUUCGGCGGUACGGCGCUGGUCGUGUACCUGCUGGUCAUCUGCGAUGUACUCACCAACCCAGUCAUGGGUUCCUUCCUCUGAGCUCGCCAGGCUGCCAAGCUCUCUUAUUUAACUCAACGGACGGACGCGCGAAUAAACUCACCGGCGCCAUCGAGGUCGCGGCUCUGCUGUCCGGCGUAUGCUUCGCUGUCGUACGAGCAAUUGUGUGCAGUAGCGUAUUUUACGACUCAUGCCGCUCACAACCGAUAUGCUUAUGCCUAUCAAGAAAGUCAACAACACGCGUGUACCGCACAAGUACGCAUGAUGCUUGGUUAGCUUAGCUGCGAAAAGAUAGAAAAGCCACGAAAAUGACGCUUUCUGUUUCGCUUAUUCAGCUCGAAAUAUGACCAGGCUUUUUUUCUUUUUUUCGCAUGAGCAGGCGCAGUAGCGUCCUAGCUUAGCGGCUGCACAGAAACAAAGACGUAUAUACGCUAUUGAGCAGACGAAGCUCUUAACAGCCAGCAAAAUGACCCAGAGUAUAAUUGUGAAACGCGGUGCAACCAGUACCAAUAUUUGCAGAUAGAGGGAAAGUGACCAGGUUUAGGUUGCUCCAAUAUAAUGUAAUUUUCUGACCAUGAGAUCGAAACGUCUUUUGCGCAACUCCUUAAAGGGCCCCUCGCCAGGUUUGGGCAUUGCAAACAGAUAAGCGCGGGGAGCAGACGCCGCGGUGACGAUCACUUCUGCAGAGUAUGACACCGAUGUAUACGCCGCGAUGCAUACAGCGGGAAAUUCAAGCAAGAGUUUGCGCGCCGUAUAGUCUCAUACUCGAGGCGCUUUUGCGUCACGUCCAUUGCGCAUGCAGAGCGUGAAUAGCCAGCAGCAGCGCGAACAGCUCGUGGAUUCCCGUGGAACGCAGACCAUGCUAAGCUGCCUCUGGAAGUGUGCCGCGCAGAAAGAAGGGAGACGAAAGAAAAGAAGCGGGGUUCGUGACGCAUGAGGGGGAGGUGGGUCCCGCUGUGGGGGAAAACAGGAGAGUAAUGUCGCUGGCUGCUGGUCGAGGCAAUGGGAGAGAGACAGCUUCUGCUGCGGGGAAGAUAGCUGGCGUCCUCGUGCAACGUAUUUCACUUGCUUUUAUCCCGACUUCUACCGAACCAUUUUUAAACGUUCUUGCGCUAGAACGCUCCCUGGACGGCGCCUUCACUGCUUCGUGUACAACCAAGUUUCCGACAGGACCUGGUGAAAGAUCCUUUAGGAACAAUUCUCAAAAGUUGCGCGCAGUACUGAGCCCUGUUUCGAACGCACUGCUGAGCUUGGUAUUGCUCUAUCAAUAUCUAUGUUUCCUGUACCUGAUGGCAAGUUGAUGCUAGUAGGCGCUGCCAAAGGAUCUCACAGCGCAUAGGCACCUGAUCUCGUGUUUUCGGUAUCUUUUCUCCGUCCUUGUGUAUUCGACUGCAUGCUAUAUUUAAUCUUUGUUGUUUUGUUGAGAGAUUGAAAUAGGCCUUGCUCUGUUUGAUUUUUUUUUUUUUGCCCUAUGUUUGAAAGGAAGCCUUAUUUGUUGCACUGUACUCUCCUGCUUGGAUUUACAAUACCGAAUAAAUCAAAAGUUAUUGGGGUAAA